GUUUCAUAAUGGCGCGGCAUGGAAUGAAAACAAAUUUAAAUGAAAAACCAACAUACAAAUUAAGCCCUUACUAGAUCAUGAAGGAAAGCAGCAUUGAUUCCUUAAAAUAUGAACGGCUACCACAUAGAUCCUACUCAUCGAAGAUAAAGAUAGUGGAAUCUAACAGUGAUGUUGAGUUGGUAGACAGGUGGUAUGUGAGACUUUUAUCCCUGAUAUGUGUCCCUCUGUACGGUUUCUUAAAGAUCUAUGACCUGUACAGGUUUAUUAAAGAUACAUUCUUCACAGCUCUGGGAGGUCUGAUCAACUUUGUCAUAUUUUUUUUUCUGUUUGGUUGGUUUUGGAGAACAAGACUGUACAAGAUGUGUAAGAAGAUUUCUUGGAUAAGAAAAAUGAUAAAACUAAAUGUUCAUUAUCAUUUCUUAAAUUUGUUCUCUGCAGCUUGUCAGUUUUGCUGAGUAUAUGGAAUCGUAAAAUACAUUGUUUCUGUCUAUUGUUGCUGCCAAUAAUUGCAUCACGCCAUGGCAGACGGGUUGUUUUGGUUAUGCUGAUGACCUCUCUUCUAAAUGGUCCUGCAGCUAACAUGCGCAAUAACACAAGGUUAAUAACGUCCCAGAUGAACUGUAUUGCUGAAAAAGCUAAAAACAUGAGUGAUGUUUUGACGGAUGCUGUCGAAGAGAGAUACCAACGAUUGCAUGAUCAUGUUGUUCAAGUUAAGGAUAAAGCAAAACAAAAGAUGGAUAAUAUUCAACAAAACCUUCAGGAAUUAAAGGAUAAGAUUGAAAAAAAGCAUGCAUUUCUGCUAAAUAUCGCCAGAAAGAUCAACGAAUUUAGUGAUAAGUGUGAAGCAACGAUGAAAAAACUGAACAAAAAGUGCUUUGAUGCAUUCAAAAAAUGUGGCAAAGAAAAGAAGCGGUCAGUUAAUAAUUUACAGCUCAAUUAUUUGCCACCUACUUCACACAACUUUACUGAAUAUAAGCCAUUGAGAGAUGCUUUCAUCACGAGGAAAUCUGCCAGAUCUUACAGUUACAAAACCUCGACAAAAUCUGAUGAACCUUACCUACCAGUAGCAGGACAAAGUAAUGAGACAAAUCCUAAGCUGACUCUGGUAACUGGAACUCCCUCAUACCGAUUGAAGUACUUUGCAAACAGCUCUCAUUCUGAUUACAUGGAAAAUAAACCUGUUACUCCAAAAGCACCUUAUUCUAAUACCUUAGAUGAGGAAAUCAAUGAGAUGACUAGUGAAGAUGCUGAGCUGGAAGACACUACACCUCACCAUGUGUACUAUCAGAACAAGUCCCGCUACAAUUCACAUCCUCAUUCAGAGACACUUCACACUGGAAAAGUGUUUCACGUCAGGACAAGGAGAAACAUCUUUCAGAAAAUUCUCUGCUUCUUCAAAGAUGCCUUCAGUAUUGUAAUGCGACCCAUUUGUGAUAUAAUCUUUAAUUCCAUUGCAUACCUCUGCAAUGUGCCAAAGCUUGUCACCCACUUUAUCACCAGCAUCAUUCUCAAAAAAUUCUACUAUUUGGAAGAAACCAUCAAGAAAAACGCCUGGAUUGAAAUAGAUGCUAACAUGACUUUUGAUCGGAAAAUUGUCGAAGUUCGAAGUGCAAAGGAAGCGGCAGUAGAAUUGGAGCAGCGUCUUACAAACCGUUUCUCCUUCACACCCUUCACCAUUAUUGAAAUAUCUGACUACUUGAAACUCAUAUCUCUGAUACUAGUUUAUUGGAAAACCUAUGGUUACAUGAGCACUUACAAAAGUGACUCCUCCUUUGAUAACCAUUACAUUGGCAGAUUUCUUAUCAAAUACGACAGGCUGGCUGAAAGUUCUAUUUUUCCUAUGAAGCAAAGUGAUGGUGCAAAAUACAUACAGAUGGGUCAACUAACUAUGUCACCUGAAGAGUAUUUUGUAGCGACUAGAGGCUCGUUGAAAGCUAUAGCUUUCCUUAUUUUGAUAGCAGUGAUCGAAGGAGGAGAUAAGAUGUUACAGUUUAUGAUACACAUAAUGCAUCAGUAUGGGCCUAUCAGAGUGGAACACUUUAUUGAUGUCAAAGAUCUGAAUAAGAUAGAUGCAAUUUCAACUAACACAUCCAGAAUACACCUGCUGUUUGACACUGAGUCAUGUUUCAAGGAGCCCUUAGCACCUCAUUCUCAGACAGCUUAUCACUUCUGGCUGGGAGGCAUCAUUCUACUCAUAUCCCUGACACAAAUAUACUUCCUCAGACUCAGACAUACCUUGUGUGACAGUUUCAAUCCAGUCAUCAGAAGACGCAGAGUUGAAUUGUUGCACAACAAAAUAUUAAAAAGUAGAGCUUACGACUCUAAGCAUGAAGCUGAGACAUUGUUUGCUAAAGUUUCAGAGAGGAACAAGAUGCAGAGAAUAUUCCCUUGGCUAUUCGAGACUGCAUGUGCUGUUUGUAAUAGGAAUGAUUUACUGGAAGAAUGCAGCAAAUGUGACACUAUGUACUGUCGAAUCUGCCUCAGAGAUAUGGAUCAGAGAUGUAAGAUAUGCGAGGACAUCCUCUUCAAGAAGAAAUCCUCUCAAAUGUUGGAUAUUGACAAUGAGGAAUUCAUCUCAAAUGUUGGAUAUUGACAAUGAUUGAUUCCAGCAGAGACUUUGCGAUUCAAUUUAAUCUUAUUCUAUGAAUAAUAUUCAUAGCAAUAAUCGGUGUUGUUUGACACGUUAUUGAAGUUCAUCUCGACAGUUAAUUAUGUAAUUAAUUAAUUAUGUAUCUUUAUCAUUUCAAGUUUGUCAAAUUAUAACAUGUACCUGAUAUUUAAAGUAUUUAAUCCCUUGAUAUGUA